AUGUCAUCAGGAACGGGAGACACCGGCCUUGCCGGCAUCGUCAUCGCUCCCGAGGAUGCGACUUCAAUGGACAAGCUUGCGCACUCAGUGCUCGACGACAUUCUUUACGAUCUUGUUCAUGAUUUGUUGAUCAGGGUCCACCGGGACGAGAAGUCGGCUCGCGCCAACACAGCCGCCAUCAAGGUCGAGAAGCUCGCACUCGGUGCCAUAGAUGGCUCAACACCAGACCAAAGACCCGACGUCGAGAUUGAGACGGACGCGGCAAUCUACAAAGAUGGAAGAGUGACACUCAAGGGCAACCCCCUCAAAACAACCAAGGAGAUCCUCUGCCCAAGAUGCAAUCUUCCAAAACUAUUACACCCAACAGACGGGAAAGGUGCGAAGAAGCCAGACCCCGGUGUCAUCUACUGCAAGAGACACCCAUACAUAGAGAAGCCGGGUUUUGAUAUCUACGGCCAGACCUGGGUCGCUCCAGGGCCAGGUCGAGGCAAAAAGAAGAAGGAUAUGGAAAAGAAAGACCUCAACGAUCCAAACUCGCCAGUCCCAGGCACAGAAGGCAGCGCCAAGGACCGGCCACCCAACGUGCUCAGUUUCCCCAGCGCGACUUGUAGCAAGUGCAAGCGCUGUAUCCUGGUGACGCGUCUCAACAAUCAUAUGGGGUCGUGUAUCGGCAACAGUGGGCGAAAUGCGAGUAGGGCAGCAGCCCAAAAGAUCAGCAACAGCAAUGGCGGCAGCCAAAACAAUGACAACACGCCACCAGGCAGCCAGAAGGGCACACCACUUCCCGGCAGUCGUGCUGCUAGUCCCAAGAAGCGGGAUAUGGACGAUCCUGAUGACGAUGCCGAGGAAUCAGAUGCUUCCAAACCCAAGAAGAAGAUCAAACUGGCCACCACUUCUCUCAACAAGAAGGUCACUCUGAAGGCGGCAAAUACCACCAAGAAGGAAAAAGCCAAGGCCAGCUCCAUGCUCAACGUUGAGCAGAAAGUGGAUGAUGAAGAUGGAAAGAACUCAACAGUGCAGGUUGCCCCCAAGAAGACCAACCCAAAGGGCCCGUCGCCGGUGAAGAACAAGAUCAAAGUGGCAAAGCCUACUCAACCGUCGCCCGCUGGAAAGGCGAAGGUCAAAGUUAGAGAACGCGACCUAGAGACAUCGGUCUCGCCUUGA